AUGAAGCCAGUACCAGUCGAUGUUAUCGCUAACAAGCCAGUACCAGUCGAUCUUACAGCUAUAAAGCCAGCACCAGUCGAUCUUAAAGCUAUAAAGCCAGUACCAGUCUAUGUUACCGCUAACAAGCCAGUACCAGUCGAUCUUAAAGCUAUAAAGUCAGUACCAGUCGAUCUUAAAGCUAUAAAGCCAGUACCAGUCGAUCUUACAGCUAUAAAACCAGCACCAGUCGAUCUUAAAGCUAUAAAGCCAAGCUAUAAAGUCAGUACCAGUCGAUCUUACAGCUAUAAAGCCAGCACCAGUCGAUCUUACAGCUAUAAAGCCAGCACCAGUCGAUCUUACAGCUAUAAAGCCAGCACCAGUCGAUCUUACAGCUAUAAAGCCAGCACCAGUCGAUCUUACAGCUAUAAAGCCAGCACCAGUCGAUCUUACAGCUAUACAGACAGUCCCAGUCGAUCUUAA